UGAGUGAGGGCAAAUUAAAACUAAAACCCCGAAACCAAUAAAACCCCAAACAAAAUCUAAGCAAGUGCAACCAUGGCAGGCACAUCAAGAACUCUCUUAAUUCUUACUCUCUCUUCAACCACCAAAACCUACUGUUUCCCAUUUCUUAAACUCCCCAAACCCACUAGACUUUUACUUGGUUCUAACUAUAGACACCUCUGCACCACCACUACCAUACCCUCAGCCACAGCAGCAGAAACAGCCACAACAUUAUCAGACCCAGACCAAGCAAAACAUUCUAUUCUCUUAGAAAGACUUAGAGUUAGGCACCUUAAGAGCCCGUCAAAUACCCCACAACCAAAAAUCCAAUCUUUACCCAAGAUAGCUGUCGAUGUUGCGAGGGAAAAAGAUGACAGCUUUAAGAAGUCUAAGAGAGAGAAAAAGAUUGUGGGUAGCUUUGAGGAGUUGGGUUUGACUGAGGAAGUUAUGGCUGCCGUUAGAGAAUUGGGAAUUGAGGUUCCUACUGAGAUUCAGUGUAUUGGGAUUCCCUCUGUUUUGGACGGUAAAAGUGUUGUGUUGGGCUCUCAUACUGGCUCUGGUAAGACUUUGGCUUAUAUGCUGCCUCUUGUUCAGUUGAUAAGACAGGAUGAGGCAUUGUUGGGUAAGUUAAUGAAGCCUAGGCGUCCUAGAGCUGUUGUUCUAUGUCCCACUAGAGAGCUAUCUGAGCAGGUCUUUCGGGUGGCAAAAUCUAUUAGUCAUCAUGCACGAUUCAGGUCUACUAUGGUUAGUGGCGGUGGCCGAAUGCGACCACAGGAGGACUCUUUGAAUGGCCCUAUUGAUAUGAUUGUUGGGACCCCUGGCAGGAUUCUGCAGCACAUUGAGGAUGGUAAUAUGGUUUAUGGUGACAUCAAAUACUUGGUAUUGGAUGAGGCAGACACCAUGUUUGAUCGUGGCUUUGGUCCUGAUAUUAGGAAAUUUCUGGACCCAUUGAAAAAUCGUGCAUCAAAACCUGAUGGCGAAGGGUUUCAAACAAUUUUGGUCACUGCAACAAUGACAAAGGCAGUUCAAAAUCUUAUUGAUGAGGAGUUUCAAGGAAUAAUCCAUUUGCGUACAUCAACACUACAUAAAAAGAUAGCAUCUGCUCGCCACGAUUUUGUAAAACUUUCAGGAUCAGAAAACAAGCUGGAAUCACUGUUACAGGCACUUGAGCCAAGUUUGGCAAAGGGGAACAGGGUGAUGGUGUUCUGCAAUACUUUAAAUUCCAGCCGUGCUGUGGAUCACUUUCUUGCUGAAAAUCAAAUUUCUUCUGUCAACUAUCACGGAGAAGUCCCAGCUGAACAGAGGGUUGAAAAUCUUCAGAAGUUCAAGAGUGAUGAUGGAGACUGCCCAACGUUGGUCUGUACCGACUUGGCUGCAAGGGGACUUGACUUGGAUGUGGAUCAUGUCAUCAUGUUUGAUUUCCCCUCAAACUCUAUUGAUUACCUUCACCGAACAGGAAGAACAGCUCGUAUGGGUGCAAAAGGGAAAGUUACAAGUUUGGUGGCUAAAAAGGACUUGCAAUUGGCUGCCCGGAUUGAGGAGGCAAUUCGGAAAAACGAGAGCUUGGAAUCACUCACCGUAGACAAUGUUCGGAGGGACAUAGCCAGGGAUCAAAUAACUGAACAGAAGGGGAAGAAAGAAAAAAUGGUGAAACUUUCUCAUCAGAAAAACAAGAUCAGCGCUGAGAAAGAAAAAACGGAUAAACCUUCUUAUCAGAAAAACAAGCUCAACACUGCAACAGUUAAAUCCUCUAGCAACCGCCCCAAGACUGCUUCCACAGCAACAAAAUUUAGAAAAACAUCUGCAAAACCCGUAAAGGGUGUUAGAGUUGCAAAAAGCUUAAAAACCUUCAAGAAAACAUCGUCUCCAGGCUCGAGCAAGAGAACAGUGAGUAAAGGAUCUAUUGCAGUCAAAUCUACAUCUUCAAAGUUAAAUGUUGUGCCACUUAGGGGUCGUUCCACUUCUAGUAGGAGUGAAUCAUUGAGGCGCAGUUGAUUAUUAUAGACAUUCUAUAUGUAUCAGGAAAUGCUUAUUAUUUCUCUUUUGUUAAGCAUUAUUUUCAAAAUUUAAUGUGAUGGAAAUUAGUGCUUCUGUUCCUGCUCA